AUGACCUUGGGUCGAAUGGAGAGUUUUCCGAGGAGCUCUUUGCCGAGUUCUGUAAAUGUGCAGUUGAGUAAUAGAGGGUUGUGGCGACAGUUCCACGGAGAAACUACAGAGAUGAUUAUCACAAAACUUGGGAGACGGAUGUUCCCCGCCAUCCAGGUGUCUAUCACUGGACUUGAGCCCCACGUAAAGUACUACGUCCUCCUGGAAAUAGCGCCUGCUUCACAGCGGAGGCACAAGUACGUCGGCAAUCCAGAAAAAAAUACAAAUGACGACGUGAAGAGGAAGCACCAGGGGUGGACUGUAGCUGGAAAUGCCGAGGUCCAAUCACCACCUCAUAAGAGACUUUAUCUCCAUCCGGAUAGUCCCGCCACCGGAAAACACUGGGGACAACAGCCCGUCAGCUUCGCCAAAUUAAAAUUAACAAAUAAUACCGUCGAUCACCAUAACAAUAUUGUUCUCACAUCGAUGCAUAAAUAUCUCCCGAAGAUCUGGAUAAUCCAAUCGGACGGCUUAGGGAGUAUCAGCAACAUCUACAGCCAGCCCUCUGCCUGUUUUUCCUUCGAAGAGACGGAGUUCAUAGCAGUAACGGCCUACCAGAAUGAGAGCAUUACAAAGUUGAAAAUCGAUAACAAUCCCUUCGCCAAGGGUUUCCGAGAGACAGGUCAUUACCGUUGCAAGAGAAAACUCGAGGAGAGCUCGGAGAACUCUCAGGAGGAGGAGCCGGGUACCCCGGAAACUCCAAAGAACAGCGAAAAAAUUGAGAGAAUCGAGAUCGAAGAGUCAAAUGUGAAAGGCUAG